UCAGAAGCGCGCAACGGUGCUCAGGAAGCAGUGCGCAUGCCCAGAAUGCGGCAGCGUGGAGUGACUGUGAGUUCAGUCAGUACCGGGUCUGCGUGCUCACAUUGAAUCAUGUCGUGGCUGUUCGGGCUCAAUAAAGGCCAGAGUGUCGCUCCGCCGGACGGCCCGGUUCCGCCCGCUCCUCCCGCGCCUCCGCCCGGCGGCUCCGGUGACAAACCGAAGGACAAAUGGAGCAACUUCGACCCCACGGGACUGGAGCGCGCAGCGAAUGCGGCCAAAGAACUGGACCGAUCCCGUCAUGCCAAAGAGGCGCUGGAUCUCGCUCGCAUGCAGGAACAGACCGUCCAGAUCGAACAUCAAGCCAAGAUGAAGGAGUACGAGGCGGCUCUGGAGCAGCUGAAGGGCGAUCAGAUCCGCAUUCAGGGAGAAGAACGGAGGAAAACCCUGAAUGAGGAAACCAAACAGCAUCAGGCGAGAGCUCAGUAUCAGGAUAAACUCGCCCGGCAGCGAUACGAAGAUCAGCUCCGCCAGCAGCAAGUUCUGAAUGAGGAGAACCUGCGCAGACAGGAGGAGUCCGUACAGAAGCAGGAGGCCAUGAGGAAAGCAACCAUUGAGCACGAGAUGGAGCUGCGACACAAAAACGAGAUGUUGCGCGUGGAGGCGGAGUCUAAAGCUCGUGCACGCGUCGAGAGAGAGAACGCUGACAUCAUCCGCGAACAAAUCCGACUGAAGGCGGCCGAACACAGACAGACUGUAUUAGAGUCUAUACGGACUGCAGGUGCUGUUUUUGGAGAAGGCUUCAAGACGUUCGUAUCUGAUUGGGAUAAAGUCACAGCUACAGUGGCAGGACUCACGCUGCUGGCAGUGGGCGUUUACUCCGCACGCAACGCCACCGCUGUGGCCGGUCGAUACAUCGAAGCUCGGUUAGGAAAACCCUCGCUGGUGCGGGAAACGUCACGGAUCACCGUGGUGGAAGCGCUCAAACACCCCAUCAAGAUGGUGAAGCGUUUGAAGAGUAAACCACAGGACGCUCUGGAGGGAGUCGUGCUCAGUCCGUCUCUAGAAGAGCGCGUGCGUGACAUCGCCAUAGCUACGAGAAACACCAGACAAAAUCGAGGUCUGUACCGGAAUAUUCUCAUGUACGGCCCACCGGGAACAGGAAAGACGCUCUUCGCUAAGAAACUAGCAGUGCAUUCUGGGAUGGAUUAUGCCAUCAUGACGGGGGGCGAUGUGGCGCCGAUGGGUCGAGACGGAGUGACGGCCAUGCACAAAGUGUUCGACUGGGCUGGAACCAGCAGCCGCGGGCUGUUGUUGUUUGUGGAUGAAGCCGACGCAUUCCUGCGCAAGAGAUCCACUGAGAAGAUCAGUGAGGAUCUGCGAGCGACUUUAAAUGCAUUCCUGUAUCGCACUGGAGAACAGAGCAACAAGUUCAUGCUGGUAUUGGCCAGUAAUCAGCCCGAGCAGUUUGAUUGGGCUAUAAAUGACAGAAUCGAUGAGAUCGUGAACUUCAUGCUGCCUGGACCUGAUGAGAGAGAGCGACUCGUGCGGCUUUACUUUGAUCGAUAUGUGCUGGAACCUGCCACUGGAGGACGCCAGAGGUUGAAAUUGGCUCAGUUUGAUUAUGGACUCAAAUGUUCUGAAAUCGCUGAUCGAGUGGCCGGGAUGUCUGGACGUGAGAUCUCAAAACUGGGAGUUGCUUGGCAGGCGGCUGCGUACUCAUCGGAGGACGGUGUCCUGACGGAGGCCAUGAUUGACGCACGUGUGGAAGACGCCAUCCGUCAGCACAGACAGAAGAUGAACUGGUUACACGGUGAGGGCGUCCUGGACAACGAGGGUCGAGCGAUGUCUCCAGAGAGUCACAGUAAAGCCACUAAGACGGGCUUCUCACCUCCACUUCCUGUGACAUCAGAGCUGGAUAAACCUGACGCCACAGCUACAAACACCUCAAAACGAGAGCCGGACCCUAAAGACGGGACUCCAGUAUAGAGCGUUCAGAGUCUGUCCUGUGUAUUAAGAUGAAAGUAACACACGUGUGUGUUUGUUAGGAUGUGUAGUUUGUUCAGGUGAGCUGAUGUCUGUGUAACAUUUCUGUAUGAAACUAAAAUUAGCUGUUAAUCACAAAGACUGAAAACAAAUGAAAUAAGAUGAGAUCAUGUUUAUGUCUGACAGUAAAACAAGUUUCAUUUCCUA